AUGGUUUCAGACACGUCGCAUGUGCCAUGCAAGUUCUAUCCAUUUGGCACCUGUCAAGCCGGCGCGGCCUGUCAAUUCUCUCACGACAUGGACCCCAUGACGCAGAAUGCGCCUUGCAAAUACUUUGCCAAGGGCAGCUGUAGAUUCGGCCAAGGAUGCGCCCUCGCACAUAUCCUUCCUGAUGGUCGAGUCAUCAACAGGCCCCCUCGCGGCGGCCAGCCUUUCAACUACGGCCGCCGUGGCCCUCAACCCUACGCUCCCGCUCCACCAUCAUUGCUCACCAUGCAAGCCAAUGAUUUGGCAUCGCAGCAACAACAGCAGCAGCCGCAAGAGAUGGGAUACUCAAAGCAAGAAGAUGUGCCAAAC